ACGGGCAAAAAAAGAACUGGCACACAAUGGUCGAGUAACAAGAUCUCGAAUGGUACGAGUUGCUCACAAUUACGAUCAGGUUUUAUACUGAAACCACUGUUGUGACAAAAUAUGUAGCUGACCCGAACAAACAAGGUGAGGACAGAUUGAUGCGAGCUUGUAAAGUGGAUAAUCCAUUUGAAAUCAUAAAACUUCUUAAUGAAGGAGCCAAUCCCAACGCGACUGAUCACGCAAAAAAUACUUGCUCGAGUACGGCAGUACUGAAUAUGCAACCGGAAAAUGUCAGAAUUCUGUUAGAAGUCGGAGCCAACCCUGAAGCAAUUUGUCUUUCAAAUGGAAAUCGACUAAUCCAUGAUAUUCUAAUAAUGAUGAUCGGAAAAGAUAAUAAAAUAAUUGAUUUCCAAAGUGAUCGAGAAACGAUUUUGAAGAUGUUCCGUCUUGCAAUGGAUAUUGGAGUUCGGAUGGAUUUGAUCAAUAAAAAAGUGAAAACUGGUUGUGAUCUGUUGAAUAUUCUUCUGAGAAAUGAUAUGAAAUAUCGAAGAGAUGAGAUUUAUUAUCAGAAAUCACAGGAAGAAAUUAAAAUUGAGACAGGACAGCUGAAUACAAUAGGGUCUGAUAAACCGAGCAUUCACUUGGCAGAAGAGGUUGAAGAAAUGCAGAUGUUGGAAGUCACUGAAAGCGAUUCAUGGAAGACACAGGAAAAUCCAAUUAUCAAUAGAUCUUCAAACGAAGAUCAGCAUGGCAAAGAAAAAGAGCAAAAUCACCUGAUUUGUGAACAAGAAACCAACAUUUAUGAAGAAACUUCGAAAGCGAAUAUUUUGAAUUUGGAAAUGAAACGAACAAGAUUUGAAGAUAUUUAUCGAGAAUUGGAAACCAGAAAUGAAGUAUGUCGAAUGCGAGAAAAUUUUGGAAGACACGACGGUCCUGGACUCAUUAUUCCAUGUGAUACGUCAUAUAACUUUCCUUAUUCUUUAAUUGGAAUGCUUUAUCUUCCAGUUUCAACUCCACACAGCGCCUCAGAUCGGGAGAGAAAAAGAAAGUGGUUUUGGCGCGGGAGCGCGUUUGCUGCAGACGUCGCACGAAUUGGAAUUAAUGUGUAG